GUCAUGUCAGUGUCAUUUUUUACUUCAUUUUACUUGCACUUUGUAAUAACAGUUUUAAUUUCUGUUAAUUUUGUAAUCUUUUCUAUUAAAUAACAAGAAUGUCAAUAUUUCAAGGAUUCCCAGCAUUACCAUCACCCGAAGACACCCCUUUGUGUGUUGUGAAUGAAGUGUAUUGUUGCGCUAACAGCCGUUUCGGAAAUAUAUCGACGUUUACAAACGCGACUAAAAACCACCCUAAAAUAAAUGUCACAAGAGAUAUCCAGCAUCACAAGGUAUCGGACGAAAACAUCUCGCUCUACGUCGAUGUCGAAGACAAGCUGUUGAAGAAAAUCACCAGCGUUUGGUAUAAACAAGGGUUUUUAGACGCCCUGAGCUUAGCCGCCGACCCGAGUAUUAAUCGCGAAAGCCCUUUACUAGCAGUCACCGCAUCCUAUGUUUUGAAAGUAUCCAAUCUUUUUACUGCAUUUCGAUAUUUCAUACAACCCCAUUUAAAAGAUAUAGGACCGAAGAUCGUAUCGAAAUACUCUCGGUCUCGAAAUUGGAAUUCAGCCCCUAUCAAGUGUUUAGACUGGCAUCCACACACAACGAAGAUAGCGGUAGCUACUGCGGAUGAUAAUGUGCGAGUGUACAGCGCGGACGUGGCGUUCGUGUCUGCGCUGAAGUGCAAGGCGCAAGGGCACGUGUCCUCGCUCAGCUGGCGGCCUUAUUCCGCCUCAGAGAUAGCGGUUGGAUGUGAGCAAGGCGUCAUUGUCUGGACUGUUGACCCUAAUUCAAUGUUCACUAAACCAUCUUCAAGCAAUGCUGUUGUUUUAAAAAGCUGGGGGCAUAGCCCCGUGACGGAUGUCAGUUGGUGCCCGAGCGGUGCACUGCUAGCCAGCUGCAGUGCUGCAGACCCUGCGCUGCUGCUGUGGGAUGUGGCACUAGGCACAGCGGUGCCGCUGCGCCGCGUUGCCGGUGGCGGCCUAGUAUUUACACGAUGGUCUCUGGAUGGCACCAGACUCUUUUCCGCUACCUCCUCUAUUGUAUUUAGGGUGUGGGACACGGACGCGUGGCGCGCGGAGCGGUGGGUGGCGCGGGGAGGGCGCGUGGCGGCCGCCUGCUGGGGGCCCAAUAACGUAAUGCUGUUCGCCGCCAAGGGCGAACCGGUCAUCUACGCUCUCACCGACACGCCUCUCCUCAACGGUGGGGCGGGGCCGGGCGCGGGCGGGGCGGCGCGCGCUCAGGCCGUGCUGGACGUGAGCAAGGCGGCGCUGGGCGGCGGCGAGGCGGCGGGCGGGCCCGUGCUGGACAUGUGCUGGUGCCCGCGCGGCCGCUACCUCGCCAUCACUUUCGAGGAGACGCACCUCGUCGCCAUCUUCGCUACCACGCAACUCCACACGCAGCUCAAAAUCACGCCAUGCUGCCUGGUGCGUGGAGUGGGUGAGGAGACGCCGACGACGCUGGCCUUCCAGCACGACUUCGCCGAGGGCGCCUGCCUCACCGUGGCCUGGUCCAGCGGCCGCCUGCAGCACUUCCCCGUACUCUGCAGCUCGUAGCCUGCUGCCGCCUCCUGCCGC